GGGGAGAGUUAGGGGGGCGCUGUCAACAUCCCUGGUCCUUGUGCGUUAUCCUCCCUACCAGGCAUGUACUAGGCUGGUGGUGCCCCCAUGGCUGCCUACCACUGCUGUGUCCCCUUCUGCAAUAGUGAUUCCAGGUACAAUGCGGACAAGAAGAUCUCCUUCCACAGGAUCCCUGCUUUCCAUGUAGAGCCGCAGAGACACCGGGACUGGCUGAACAGGAUUCGGCGAGAGCCCGGGCCCAGCUUUAAGGUGUCCAGUUGCACCAGGGUCUGUUCUAAACAUUUUCUGCCAUCUGAUUUUGUGCGGACACUAACGGGAAAACGGAAUCUCAAGCCCUAUAGUGUGCCAUGUAUUUUCCAGUGGUCAACGGAUGAGCUGAUGGAGGAGCAAAUGUCCAUCCCAAAGAGGAACACAGGCACUGGGAAAAAUACUCUUCAGCCAAUUUUGCCUUCACAAGCACAAAUACAAAAUAGUAUGCCAUCUGAACCGGUUGAAAUGACAGCAUCCAUACUAGACCACUGUUACGACUUACCUCCAAUGACCGACACUGAAAUGCUACAUGCAGCCCGUGAAGAGAUUGCAAGACUGCAGCAGCGCAAUGCUGCUUUGGAAAGAAAUCUGUUCUUUCUGGAGCGUUUUUCAGCUGACUCGAGCCUUAUUAGUUUUUAUACUGGAUUCAAAGACUAUUCCACUUUAAAAGUUGUGUUCUCUACAUUGACUGAAACCGAAGGCAGUUUGGUGAAAUGGAAACAGUGCCAGCAAGAAGGAAAUACAAGUGUCUACAAGGAGUCUGCGCCCGAAUCAGAAGCCAUGCCACAGAUUGACCAGUUCUUUUUAUUCCUGUGCAAAGUUCGUCAAGGAUUCCACGACCAAGACUUAGCUGUUCGGUUUAAUGUGUCUCAAUUCAGGGUUGCAAGGAUUAUCAUCACAUGGGCUCACUAUUUAUAUCUUGUCCUCGGUGAAAUACCUCUUUGGCGUAGUCGUGAUUCCGGCUGCCAAGAUGUACCAGAAUGCUUUAAGUCUUCAUAUCCUCGUGCUCGGGUCACUCUGCACUGCGCCGAAAUAAAAGUUCAGACAAAUAACGAGGCUAGUGUAACCUCUCAAAUAUAUUAUAAUCAUGUUACAUUCAAAGGUCUGCUUGGCAUAGCUCCCCAUGGAGCGGUUAUAUUCAUAAGCCCACUGUAUUCUGGUUGCGCAUCAAAGAGAGACAUCAUAAAAUCUUCUGGCAUAUUGGAAUUGUUGGAGCCUGGUGACUGGGUUAUCACAGAAAAAGACUUCCUUAUCCAGGACUUGGUGGAAGCAGUUGGCGCGUUUGUGGUCGUUCCUCCUAUUAUAACUGCUGCCCUGCCUAGAGAUUGUUGUGAGGCAACAGUCAUGGUAAGUCAGACUUCACCAGAGCAAAAUACUAUGUUCAUCUUGGCUUCAUCUGUCGAAGAGGGCCAGGAGACAUUGGUUGUGACAACCUCAACAGGAGUAGAGGAUGCAGUUGUGGAACUGGAGCAUUCCACCGGAGAAGGAGAUGUGGUUGAAGAAGUUGUGACUGAAGAGAAAGUAGUGGAAGAAGUGGUGACCACUUCUGAAAGUAUAGAAGGGAUUUCAGAAGACCAUGAAAAUGCUGAAAUGGAAGUAAAAGAAGUAACCAAGGACGGCAGGAUUAUGAAAGACACUCGUAGCCGAGAUGAAGUUGUCAGAUGUACGCCAAAGUCAGAAAAGACUAUCGAGGAAUCUUCAGCAUUAAACAAAGACAUAAAUUCACUCGCACGUCUAAGAAUUUGCAUAAAUCAAGACAUCGAGAGGGUUCGGCAGUAUCACCUUUUUGAUAAUGUUUUGCCAUUGUCUUUAGGCGGCAUCACCAAUCAGCUGUGGGCAGUGUGUGCUAUGCUGACUAACAUCAAUGGGUCACUGAGCUAAAAGGAUUCCAAAUGUAAUAAUGUCUUAAGCGCUUUUUUUUUUAUUAUGUUGCCAUGGCGCACUAUGACUUUCCUUUGACUCGCUGUAUAAUUUUUAUUUAAUUUUUUUUAUUAUUUCUUGUACAAUGGAAACUGUGCCUAAGUCAUCCACAAACAUUUGGAAAAGGAUUCCAACAUUAACUGCUGUUUGAUAAUUCUGUUAUUGAUCUAAUUUGUAGUGGUAAGACAUUAUGCAGCCUACGCUUGCAGUUUCUUUUCUUAGAAAGCCUUGGUUUCUGGUGAAGUGUGCUUCAUUUUGUACUAUGCAAUGAAUUGCAACUAUUGUAUGAAAUACACAUUUUCUUGCUGAA